AUGUCUUUUUCCACCGAAGAGCUUCAUGAGAGGAUCUCCCAAUCUGUCUCGCAUCAUGAGCACGAUCUGGCUGAGAUUUGUAAAAAAAUUCACGAAAACCCAGAGUAUAAUUACAAAGAGUUCAAAGCCCAUGACAAUAUUUGCAAUCUCAUGCAACAACUGGGCUACAAUGUGAAGCGACAUGCAUACGAUAUCCAAACCUCGUUUCAAGUAGAAUUUGGCAAAGGUGGAAAGCUCAUCGUCUUCAAUGCUGAAUAUGAUGCACUCCCUGGUCUCGGCCAUGCUUGUGGGCACAACCUCAUUGCCACGAGCUCAAUCGCUGCUUUCUUAGCGACAGCCGAAGUGAUGCGUCAAAGCAACAUCCCAGGAAGAGUACGACUUCUUGGAACUCCUGCAGAAGAGGGCGGCGGCGGAAAAGUGCAUCUUAUCAAAGCUGGUGCGUACGAGGGAGUUGACGCCUGUCUCAUGGCUCACCCCACUGGAAGACUUUCGCCGCCCGAUUCAGACAACGUCGAUGGUGUUUCUGCUGCCAAAACAAGCGCAAGGAGACAACUCAAGGUAUCAUUUACAGGGCAAAGUGCCCAUGCCGGAAGUGCGCCUUGGGAUGGAAAGAACGCUCUUGACGCUGUGGUAUCGUCUUACGUCAACAUAUCUCUUCUAAGGCAACAGAUACAACCUACAGAAAGGAUACAUGGUGUCAUCCGAAGUGGUGGCUCAGAGCCAAAUAUCAUUCCUGACUCUACUGAUCUGGAGUAUUAUUUGAGAGCCGCGGGUGUUGAACAGGUCAAAAACAUCGCUAAGAAGGUUCAGGCUUGUUUUGAAGCAGGGGCUAUUGCAACAGGAUGCGAUGUGAAGUGCACAUGUGACAGUGAUCAAGAUUACAUGGAACUUCGACCAAACAUCUCCAUGUCUACGGAAUUCACCAAGCACAUGAAGGCUUUCGGGAGGGACUUUAUCGACGAUGCUAAUCAACCACCAAUGGGCGCAUCAACAGAUAUGGGCAACGUGUCAUAUUGUCUACCAGGAAUCCAUCCCAUGUUUUCCAUCGGAACCGAAGACCCGGAGGUCCAACCUCACACCCCCAAAUUUGCCGAUGCUGCCGGAACAAAGGAAGCCUUGAUUAGAGCUUUGGAUUGCGGAAAGGGAUUGGCAGCCACAGCUUGCGAGCUACUUCUACAGCCUGAGCUACUGGAUAAGGCAAGGGAUGAGUUUAAACAGGAUAUGACAGCAGACAAAGCAUACAAGCCUCAUCUCCCCAAUCAAGACCUUGAUGCCAAAAUGGGUGAGACUUUGAGUCUCCAGGGCUCGAUACAAGUUGCUGAAGAGGACGUCGAUAAUAGAGCACGAGGUCGAAAAGUAUUAAGAAGAAUUGACAUAUGUCUUAUGCCACUACUCCUUGUUUCCUAUACACUUCAGUUCCUUGACAAGCAGUCACUCAACUUUUCCUCUAUCAUGGGAAUAAUCGACGACUUAGAUCUCGUUGGAUCGAGAUACAGUUGGUGUAGCAGUGCUUUCUACUUUGGUUACCUUGCUUUCAGCUAUCCAGCCUCUUUUCUGAUGGUCCGACUGCCACUCGGAAAAUAUCUUGCUGGCUCAAGUCUUGCAUGGGCUAUCGUUCUGUGCUGUCACGCUGCAGUGCAGAGUUUCGAAGGACUUCUCGUAGCACGUUUCUUCCUCGGUGUAGCAGAAGCUUCGAUUUCUCCAGGUUUCUCUCUCAUCACUGGAAUGUGGUAUACUCGAGAAGAGCAACCGUUCAGACAUGGAACUUGGUUCUUGGGUAAUGCCAUUGCCACGAUGCUGGGUGGCUUACUGGCUUAUGGUAUUGCUCAAAUCGGAGGCCCCUUAGCUGCUUGGAGAUGGCUCUUUAUUAUCUUUGGUCUCAUUACUCUCGUCUGGGCCAUCGUAUUGGCUAUUUUUCUGCCCGACACUCCCAGUACUACGCGCUUCCUCGAUGAACAGCAGCGCAUUGAUGCGGUCGAUCGAAUCCGAAGUAACCAGACUGGCAUGAAAAACAAUAACUUCAAGUGGGACCAGGUUCGAGAGGUCGUCACAGAUCCCAAUAUUCUCCUUUUGAUGCUGUUCCAACUUGCCUUUAGCAUUCCCAAUGGUGCCCAUACUACUUUCAGCAGUCUUGUCAUGGCUGGCUUUGGCUUCAGCAGACUCGAGGUGUAUCUCCUCAACAUGCCUAUGGGUGCCAUUCUUGCCUUCUUUGCACUUGGAUCAACAUAUCUCUGCAGCCGUUUCGAUGGCUAUAGAACUAUCAUCGGUGCAUGUCUCAGCUUGAUCAGUCUUACCGGUUCCCUCCUUGUUCGUUACGGACCUAACCAAGGAAGCCAACUGUUUGGUCUUUGGGUCUUUGUGGCUUUCGCAGCUGGGUUCCCCAUCGCACUAUCUAUGGUGGCUUCCAACGUCGCCGGCUUUACUAAAAAGAGUGUUGCGUCUGCUAUGAUGUUCAUGGCAUAUACAGCAGGGAACAUCAUCGGUCCAUUUCUGUUCUUUCCAUCUGAGGCUCCAGAAUACUCCAGUGGCUUCUUGGCAACGACGAUUUGCUUUGGUGUCUCGACGCUGACGAUGCUUCUUCUACGAUUCACCAUCAUUCGUGAGAACAAGCGCCGUGAUAAGCUACAGCAAAGCAGCAUUGAUCUUCAGGAGGGGAGAAUGGAUCAUCUUGAGCUUUCAGACAUUACUGACAGGAAGAAUCUAAACUUCCGCUACGUGUAUUAA